AGUGAUCCGACGAUGAAUUCACCCUCUGUGAAUUCCAAAUUGUCCACCUCAGCGAGAAUAUCUUCGUCGUCGCAACGCCAAAAGCAGGACAAUGACUCUGACGCGGGAGAGGACCUGGUGCCAGAACCCCCGAAGCAGAAGCACCGGCUGCUGAAGUUCUUGCCGAAGUUUUACGGGAAAGACCAACGGAAGAAGCUGACUACCAGGAUUGAGUACUCGAUCCAAAAGUCGCGACCGAACACGACCAAGUCCGCGGGAACGAACAACAGCAAUAACAGCACAGCCGGCCGGGGGGUGCUGCAACGGCAGGCGACGAGGGAAAAUUACGAAUACUACCACGGGAGUCUGAUGCUGGAGUCGGACUUGAAGGAGAUCGCUAGCUUGGAGAACGAAACGCGUCAUUGCACAACGACUACGAAAGUUGAUGUAACCGGUGGCACCACAGCAAGCACAAGAACGAAGACCACAAAGAACAGUAGCAAGAAUAUGAACAACCCAGCUCCUUUACUCUCUUUUCACCCCUUAGACCGGACGAGAAGCUCGGGGAACUCCUCGACGGCAUUCUACAAAGAGCAGGUGCACUUUCCGUUUCCCGGAAAUAACUCCGUGGCGUCGCAGUCGAGACGGUGGAAUUCGCAGAUUUCCUCGAACUCGGGUUUAGUGAAUAAAGAGGAUAUGGAUCGAGACAUAGAUCCCAGUGAAGUAGAUGGCGACCAUGUUGAUAAAGAAGUUGUAGAUGACGCCGAAGAAAAAACAACGACACGAGCAAAGGAAGAUGAAAAGGAGUCCAACUCCGCUCCCAUGACGCCCUCAAGCGCAUUAUUGCUGUCCACCAAAAUGGACAAGAAAUCGAUAAACUACAAUGACGAGGAGAAUAAAACUAGAUUGCUAGGGACGACACAACCCACGACCGGGCGAGAUGUUGACGGUGAAAAUGACGACCAGAGCAGCAUAACCAACAACAGCACCGUUAAUUUUUCUGGUACUACGGCCACUGCUCCUGGUGUAGAAGGUGAAAAUGCGUCUGCUACUUCAGCGGGGGGCGGGGCCCCAGCGAUGCGCAUAAGUACAGCCAGACGCGAAGAUUUACCACUGCGGCGAACUGCGAGUAGUUUGGUAAAACUCCAUUUACGGGGCGACUACGACACCGUUUUUGGCGACGCGAAAACUUUGACGAGGUUGAUGAAUCAGAACUGUUUCACGUGGCACGUGCAGGACAAUAACAGUGCGGCCUUGAAUGGAACCAAAACAAGCGCUAUCCCUCUGAUGAACCACGACGGCAGCGGAUAUCACAUGUUGAAUCCAUCCGCCUCCAACACCCGAAGUUACAGUACGCGGGGGUCUUUGGAGUCGAUUGACUGGAACAACCACGACGGUGGUCAACUGCGUGUCACUUUGCGUGUCAACUGCGUGUCACUUUUUGGACUCAACUGCGUGUCAACUGCGUGUCACUUUUUGGACGUUUUGCUUGUCUGAGCGUGUUCAUUUUUUUGCGCCUUUUCUUCCCGA